AGCUGCUGCUGCCGCCUCCGUGUGAGCCGGGGCCAAUGGCCUGCGAGGAGGUGGCUGUGUAUUUCACCGAAGAAGAGUGGGCUCUGCUGGACCCCGCUCAGAGAGCGGUCCACAGAGAUGUCAUGAAGGAGAACUAUGAGAACGUGACCUCGCUGGGUGCUGGGCUGGUGAGUGAGACCAUGGAGCAGAAUUCUCAGCAGGAAGAUGAUGAGGAAGUGGAACCACAUGGCACACUAUUGCAAAGAUGCAAAGGGAGUGUGUCCAGGAGUUGUGAUCAGGGAAAAGCCUGUGAGAGUCAGCACAUUCCAGAGAGGUGGCAGGGAAACCAGGCAAUGCAGAAGGUUGGUUAUUCUGUUUAUUAUCGGAGAACUCACAGACUUCUCAAGGAAACCACGGCCCAGCAGAGAAUCCCCAGGGGAGAGAGAAAUAACACGUGUGUUGAGUGUGGGGCCUGGUCUACCCUACGAGUUUAUAUCGAAUUUAGCAGCGUUAAAUCGCAUUAACCCUGCACCCGUCCACACAACG